UCAUUUUCAAACAACCACUAAACACGCACACACACACACAUAUAUACGCACACACACACAUAUAGAGAGAGAGAAUCUUUAGAGUAACUGAUGAUAUAGUUCUUCGUAAGUAGAAAUAAAGUUUUGUGGCUGAAAUAGUUGGUCUGACAUUUUUGAAGAAUGGCUGCUAUAACUUCACUCACUCCACACUCAUCUUCUUCCUCUUAUUUACCUACAAAGUUCCAUUCUACCCCUCCAAUUUCCUAUUCAAAAUCUAGUUAUGAAACUAUUUCUUCUAAUAAUUACUUUAAAGUAAGAGCAAUUGGUUCUUGGCAAUUGUCUUCAUGCUCCAUCUCCACAGGGCUUAGGAUCCGGUGUGCCGCAACCAAACCCGCGAAAUCACCAGCUGAAGAAGACUGGAAGACUAAGCGAGAGUAUCUGCUAGAGAAAAGGGUAAGGAGUGUGGAUGUAAAGGAAGCUCUGCGCCUUCAGAAAGAAAAUAAUUUUGUGAUUCUUGAUGUACGGCCGGAAGCAGAAUUCAAAGAGGGUCAUCCACCAGGUGCUAUUAAUGUGCAAAUAUAUAGGCUUAUAAAGGAGUGGACAGCUUGGGACAUUGCUAGGAGAGCUGCUUUUGCAUUUUUUGGCAUCUUUGCUGGAACAGAAGAAAAUCCAGAAUUCAUGCAGAUUGUGGAAUCAAAAAUAGAUAAAAGUUCAAAGAUAAUUGUUGCUUGCUCAUCUGGUGGUACAAUGAAACCAUCACAAAGUCUUCCAGAAGGCCAACAGUCGAGAUCACUGAUUGCAGCAUACUUGCUAGUUCUUAAUGGUUACACCAAUGUCUACCACUUAGAAGGAGGGCUAUAUACCUGGUUCAAAGAAGGUUUGCCUGCAGUUGCUGAAGAAGACUGAAGUUCCGAAUCAGAAACAAGGCUUCUUCGUCACUUCAAUUUUUAACCCUAGUAUGGUAUUUGUGUCACUACCCGCUUCAACUGUGCCCUAUCACACAGAUCUUUGUAUAAAAAAUGAGUUUGUAUUAUCUUUAAUUGCCUGGAUCAAAUAUAGAGUGGUUUGAUGCA